CUGUUGUUUAGAAUUUGCAAGAGUCUCAGUUUUGCUCCCGUUUAUUCUUCAGUUUCCUGCUGGUUUAAGACAGCUCAUCAAUUUCAUUCUAAGCCAACUGUAACCCAGCUACCAGACAUGAAGAUCCGGUUGCUCCCAGCUCUCCAAGACAACUACAUGUAUCUGCUGAUUGACGAGACGAGCAAGGAGUGUGCAGCGGUUGACCCGGUCGAGCCAGAGAAGAUUCAGGCGGCCGUCAAGGAGGAGGGUGUCAAGUUGACAACAGUCUUGACAACCCAUCAUCAUUGGGACCACGCCGGCGGGAAUGAGAACUUAGUCAAGUUGUUUACGGACUUGGAUGUUUGUGGGGGUGAUGAUCGAAUUGGCGCUCUCAACCAUAAAGUCAACCAUGGUGAUCAAUUGAAGGUGGGCAGCCUCGACAUUCAGUGUUUGUUCACGCCUUGCCACACGUCCGGUCACAUCUGCUAUUUCGUGAAGGGAGCAGGUGAGGAGCCUGCUGUAUUCACAGGAGAUACGUUAUUCCAGGCAGGCUGUGGACGAUUCUUUGAAGGUUCCCCCGAACAGAUGUACAAAGCUCUGAUGGAGACACUCAGUCAGCUGCCAAAGAAUACACAAGUGUUUUGUGGUCACGAAUACACCGUAAACAACCUCAAGUAUGCACUCCACGUCGAACCACAAAAUAAAGCGGUACAAGACAGGAUGGCUUGGGCAGUGGAGAAGAGAGCCAAGAAUGAGCCAACUAUUCCUUCCACGAUUGCUGAGGAAAUGUCUUUUAAUCCGUUUAUGAGAGUUUGUGAAGAGUCAGUGCAACAACACACCAAGCAAUCACAGCCGAUCAGUGUCAUGGGUGCAUUGAGAAAAGAGAAGGACAGCUUCAAGGCAUGAAACAUAAAAUCAGAGACUUUUCUCUCACAAUGUGUCAGUGCUACCGGAAAAGACAGUCAUGAUAUUUAUUUCCUGGGUGAAUAUUGCUCAGUUUUCAGCAUGAACCAAAUACUAGUACUAUACAGGGUGUUUAAAAAAAAGUAAACCAAGAUUAAUUUGUUCAUUUCUUGGACCAGGUGUUCAGUCAUUGAAUAAAACUUUUGCUAAGGACACACUGGUCUUUCUUCUUGUCGGAGUUACGCUGCGGUAAAUCUGGUGCAGCAUCAGUUCUGACAUGGUUGAUUGAACUGCUUUGUGCUCAGUCAUCUGUGACAGUAAAUUGGAUUUCUUGGUGUCACAAGAAAGAGGACAUCAUAAGGUAAUAUUAAAUGGUGGUUGUCCAUUUUCAAAAUUUUUAGCCAUGUCCAAGAAAUUAACAAAUUAAUCUUGGUUUCUUUUUUUUGAAACACACUGUACAUAAGCAGUUGGGGGCAGUUCAUCCCUCUCCUUGACACUCCGUUUUUGGCAUGAAACAAUACAAAGUUGAAUGCUCUCUUUAAAAACCCUUGAGACUGGACAUGAAAACGGUAAACCAUGAAAUGUUUGCAAGCAUUUAUUUUGGAGAUUUUCACAAAUGCACUAUCAAACCCUGUCUACUUGAAUACAUUACCCAUUGAAUUAUGGUAGCAAGCACAAUCUUCAGUCUAAAGGCAGCUUGCGAAAGUAAAUUGCGGCCAUUUUGAAAAUGCGUUUUCACAGGCAGUGUAAGUUGACCAUGACAUAAAAGUCAUGUUUUAAAUCAAAUCGUCACCAAAAGCAUUCAAAUAUCAUGAACAUUGGAAGACAUGGACAGCUUCAAGUAAAUUGUUUGAAUAAGCUUGUAUAUUUGUACUUUUAUUCCAUGGUAAACAUACGUUGCCUGUGAAAAGGGUCUUUUCAUAAUGGCCGAACUUUAUUUACGCAGGUUGUCUAUUGCUGAUUGCUUUGCCAGCAAUUCCAGGUUUACAGUAUCACGUAAUAGUGAGGUGUCCUUGACUCGCUUUAACUGUGUUUUGUGAGAAACCAGGCAGGCCAAAACCUCUCUAUUAAGGACACCUUCUGGACUGACGAGUGCUGUCCUUGGAGAGGUGUCAUGAUAAGAGAGGUCGAACUGAAUUGAAA